GAGAGCUCGCCCCCUUUCAUUAGAGCUCUGCUUGUUGGAAUCGCUGUAAGAGAUCACGGAUUUCGCCGCCGUCUCAUCGACCUUCUCCCACCCGUCGGCGCUCCGGCGAAGGCUGCAUCGAUCACAGGAGCUUGCAUAGUUAUGACAAGUCCUCUCUCCAAAAGCACCAUUUUCUCAAGCAUGCGCACUCACCUGAGGAGAGAACCUCUCCAUGUCCCACGCCGAGGGUAUCAUAUUGAGCUCGGCCCUCGUGAGAAGGCACUGUUGGAAGAAGACCCAGCACUGAAGAAAUUCAAAUCAUACAAGAACAGUGUAAAGAGGGUGUCAAAAAUUGGCGAUGCCCUCACAAUAAUUGCUGUGGUUGGUUGUGUUUACCAGAUCGUUUGUGUGACCACACAAAAUGAGUAAAGAGCCAACAUGAGCCUGGUUUUCGCAGGUUACAUAAGCCAUUAGGCACUUAUUUAAACAGGGUUUUGGCUGGAUGAGUUGAAUUCUCAUUGUGUUUCUGAAUAAUGGUGCAUCUGUAACUGUAUACAACAGUUGAGUCUUAUGUGCAUUUCAGCUUUUCUUCCUGACAAAUAAUUAAAAUGGCUGAUAAUGAGCCAAGUUUGCUUUCGGAA